GUUAAAGGUGUCAAAGGAGUGUUUUUGGCUAAUCAGAAAAUAAAUGGAAAAGUUACCACUCUUAUAACAUUUAAUAAAGGCCGUAACUGGGAUUAUCUAAUGCCCCCAUCUACUGAUAUGAAUGGUAAACCAACUGACUGCAAACCACCUGAUUGCCAUCUUCAUCUUCAUCUGCGCUGGCCAGAUAAUCCAUAUGUGUCAGGGAUGGUUCAUACUAAGGAUACAGCACCAGGACUCAUAAUGGGGGCAGGAAAUCUGGGUGCCCAGCUUGUGGAAUACAAGGAAGAAAUGUAUAUAACAUCUGACUGUGGCAAAACAUGGAGACAGGUUUUUGAAGAGGAGCAUCAUAUCUUAUAUUUGGAUCAUGGUGGUGUGAUUGUGGCCAUCAAAGAUACAUCUAUUCCUCUGAAAAUACUCAAAUUCAGUGUAGAUGAAGGUCAAACUUGGAGCACCCAUAAUUUCACAAGUAUUUCUGUGUAUGUGGAUGGCCUACUUAGCGAACCUGGGGAUGAGACUUUAGUCAUGACGGUGUUUGGACACAUCAGCUAUCAGUCAGACUGGGAACUAGUCAAGGUAGAUUUCCGUCCAUCUUUUUCCCGUGAAUGCACUGAUGAAGACUAUGAAUCAUGGGACCUGACAAAUCUGCAGGGUGACCGUUGCAUAAUGGGCCAGCAGAGAACCUUUCGAAGGAGGAAGAAUUCAUCAUGGUGUAUUAAAGGAAAAAACUUUAUGUCAGCACUUUCUUCCAAAGUUUGUGAAUGUAGUUCUUCUGAUUUCUUAUGUGAUUAUGGAUUUGAACUUUCACUUUCAAAAUCAGAGCCCAGCAUGUGCUUUGCUGACUUUUGGUUUAACCCUAAAGCCCCCCCUGAAGACUGUAUUGCAGGGCAGACCUAUAAAAGUAGCACAGGAUACCGUAAAGUUAUAUCUAAUAUAUGUAAAGGAGGUACGGAUUUACAGAAAAAUUCUUCUCAGCAUGUGUGUCCACUAACUGCUCCCAAAGGAUUGCAGAUCAGCAUUAAAGGGAAAAGCCUAGCUAUUAAGCCAGGAGAAUAUGUCACCUUUAUGGUCAAACAAAAUCAGGGUGAUACUUUAAACACCAGAUAUCAAGUGAACUUUGGAGAUGGCAUUAAGGCAAACUAUAUGAACCUGACACUGAUAGGUGAAACCUUUCAGCACCAUUAUGAAAAUCCUGGAGUUUAUCGUGUCUCUGUGGUGGCCAAGAAUGCUGCAGGUCAAGAUGAAGCAGUCAUAUUUAUUCAGGUUCAUCCUCCACUGCAGGCUUUACAUCUUGAAGUAGUUCCUGCUGUUGGCAGAAACCGGGAGGUGAAUUUGACAGCCAUCAUCCUGCCAAAGAACUCUAACUUUACACUUUUUUACUGGUGGAUUGGAAACAAUAUUCAGCCAGUUCUUUCACUGGAAAAUUUCUUGGUAACCAGUUUUGCUGAAGCAGGAAAAAUCAGAGUUACAGUUCAAGCUUCUUGUGGAAAUUCUAUGCUUCAGGAUUCCAAGAUUAUCCAGGUUUUGGAUCAUUAUAAAGUUCUUCCGUUAAAGUUUUCUGAACAUCUAGAUUUAUACAACCCAAAUAUACCUGCUUGGCGAGAGGAUGUUGGUCAUGUGGUAACACAACGGAUUGCCCAGGAAACAUGCUUACCCGAAGAAAGUCUUAUGACAGUAAUAAAACCUGGGGUACCCACCACUGCUGACUUUUAUAUGCUUCUGUCUGCAAACCAUCCUGAAGGAAAGAAAAAUGUAUUUAAUGAUAAGUGGUUAGCUGCUAUUAAACAAUCUCUGAAUGCCCAAAACAUCAGUUUCUUUAUGAGAGGAGGAAAAUGGGUCCAUGUGGCAUUAGGUAGUUCUGAUUCAGAUUCUCAGAGCAUCAGAGGAGGCAAUGGGUACUGGAUGAUCAUGGCUUUCUUUGUCAUUUCACUUGUGGUUAUAGGAGCCAUAAUCCUCUACAAAUUCAAAAGGAAAUUACCAGGGAGAAAUGUCUAUGCUCAGAUGCAAAAUGAAAAAGAGCAAGAGAUGACCAGCCCUGUAAAUCACAGAGAGGAUACCCAAAAUACCCAGGGGGAGGAAUUCAUUGAUGACGAUCUUGAUUGUCAAACCCUGGGAAAUGCAAGAGUGAUUCCUUCUGGGAGAGGUGGAAACCUGAACAGCUACAGAGUUCCCUUAUUGCUGAUGGCAGUCAGUGUCCAGUCCCAGGCAAUCUCUCAGGCAUGGUUCUGAGCAUUAGUUCCAGGGAAACGCACAGUGACCUGAUUAGCUGAUACAACUCAACCUAUAUUCAAGAAUCUUCUACUCUGGGUCCCUUCUUUCCUCUCUGAAGAAUUCACUGCUGGUGGGAAGGAGACUGUCUCAAAGAGACAACAGCCACGUGUUACUUGGAAAAAACGAUAAUAUGCUUUGUGUUCAUGGCUGCUGACCUCAGACUAAGAUAGCAGAUCUGUAGCCCUAGGCAUGUGUGCAACCACUUUGUCUGUGUCUGGGUCCCUUGGCUUAUUUAUGUCCACGUAAUCAAACUCAUUUCAGACUUUGUUCACAAUGGUGACAUCAGGCUGCCAUUCUUAAGGUAGGAGGGUUAGUUUUAAAAUAGGCAAAACAGAAAUGGGUGAAUAUUUUGCGAUUUUUUUCCUAGUAAAUCAGCAACUUGGAUCUGUUAUGGCACAUUUUCAGAAGGGAUGCAUUGAAGAGGCAGGGUUAUCAGUCAUUGGCAUAACUCUUCAGACCCACUGGAGAUCUAGAUAACAUCUUCCUUCUGUUUCAGAAUGUAAAAAAUUGAUGCCGAUGUUGGAAAAUGAGUAGAAGCUUUUUGUAAUAUAUCACUAAAAGAAGCUUUCAGCUUCAUUUUGCUCCCAAAUCAGGUUCUUCCUAGUCUUGACACUCCCAUUUUUCUGUCCACUAGACUGCCUGUUAGUUUGCAACCCACACCAUUAAACAUCCUGGGCUGCCUUACCUUUUCUUCAGUUUCCAGAACAGCAAGUGUAAUUACUUUUUUAAAUUUCAGUAGUCCUUUUUUUGUAUCUUUUUACACUUUCUAUUUUUAUAGCUAUAAAAGCAUUCUUAUCUCAGGAUAACGCUGUCAAAGCAGCCUAUUUCAAAUUUGCUAUUUUAUUCUUUUUUCAUUUUUCUACUUUGGGGCUGAACAAACUAAAAAUAUCACUGCCUUGGAUGUGUUUGACAAUCUGGUGAAUCAAAUUUGAUUAAUUCCAUUUCAAUAAUUGCACUUUUUCAAUUUCAUCCUAAAUAUCAUGCUUCAUUUUUCAGACUGGAGCUAAGUGAAGUCUUAGGCAGGAAAUAAUUUCUGUUGUUAUUUAGAAAACUGCACGUUUAAUUGUGAAUAUGUUUGUUUCACCCCAGUAACUUUAUGGAGCAAAGGUGCAGUCAGACUGGUGGUACUUGCUCAAAGAAGUCACGUAUAGAAAACCAGCCACAAAAUAGUCUAUAAAUACACACACAAGUGCACAUUUAGAAAGUGUUUCCAAGUAUCAAUGAACGAUCCUUACAAAUCACCUGUGCUGCACUUAUUGUAUGUGUUACACGACUGUGUCUCCAAUUAAUUCUUUCCACCGAAGGCACUUUCCAUUUUGUGUUGAUGUAUUUCAUUCUCAUGCAUGCACAAAACCCACUACUGCAGUACUGUGUCAAGCACAAUGCAUUCAGGAACUGAUCAUUCCAGCAGAUAUAAUGCUGCUGGAAAUGAAUGGCAACAUUUAUUUGCCACCUGCUCAGGAUCUCUCUGUCUGUCUAUGCAGCAGAGCUCCUAGUGGCCUGCACAUUUUCUUAUAAAAGAGCAACUCCCCCCCCCCGCCUUACCUGUACAGAGAAUAAAUGCAAUUGAAAAAAUAUGGAAGUCUAAAUGUUUAAAAGCAAAAAGGGGGGGGGGUGUUUCCUCAUAAAAUAUUUUUAUGCUUGGUAUUAAGGGACAGAAUUCAUUUUACUAUUUAUGGUAUUGCUGGCAUUGAAAUUUUUUUAAAAAGCCACAAUUUUUGUGAUGAAAAAUUACUGGUCCACAAUAAUUUGGAAACAUGUUUAAAAAGUAACCCUAGCAAUGCAACAGGAUGGGCAGAUCGUAAAUCUAGACUCCAUGUUUUUACAAAUCUAUGAAUGAUCAGCAGUAAAAAGUACUGAUCACAUGAAUGAACAUCUAAUUUUGUUAUUUUCCUAAAGUGAAAACCUUGUUUUUAGCUCUGCUCUUUCACAACUGGAGUUAGAGUUAAAUGACUACAUUUCUUUGUUUGAAAUGUUAUUUUACUUUAUUGCUGUUCAGCAAACUUAGAAUAUCCCAAAAUUCACACUUUCUGUUUUCUUGUUUGAGAUUAUGUCCGUUUUAAGGUGGGGCACUACAGUACAGGAUAUUAUUUGUGCUUACUAUAGAUAGAGCUAUAACUUCUUACAAGCUUUACUGGAGGGAGCAGCUUCAUCUACACAAAUUACUCCUUUCAUAUUGCUAACUCUGACUGAAGCAGGUGUUAUUUAUGUCAAUAUCUUCUGGACCCUAUGCAUGUAUUUUACUCCUACCAUCCGGGCUCAUUAAAAGGUCCCUGGUUUUAAUGUUUCUCUAGCGGUGUUCCUCCUCUCCUUCUCCCAAUAAAGAGAUUUUUGUUUCUGCAAAUAAAAAGACCAGCUUGGGCUCUAGCCACUGCAAAGAAAUUUGCAGAUCUUUUAAUACAACACUGCUUUGCUCUGUAAAAAUGCAAUGGCAGUAUUUUUAAGGCAACUUGCUUUCAUUUUUGUUAGAAAAGCUGCUGGUUUACUACUGUGGUUGAGCCAACAAACAAAUAUUGGUAAUUGCAUCUCUACUCCUAAGAAUGAAUAGAAGCAAUACUGGUCAUAGGAUUUUUUUAUAGAAUAAAAAGACUGGAUUAUUUAAUAUUUUCUAGCCUUAGAUGCAGGUAUCUCUUAUAUUGGCAGAUUAGUUAUUGAGAUAAAUGUUUGUUGCAUCAUUUGUAAGAAAUUCACUUUGUACAGCAUUUGUAUAAUUGAAAUAGACUGAUACAAAAGUUUUGUACAAAAGCAGAUUUGGUUGCAAGAGUAGGAUAUUUUUGUGACACGGAUAGUAGUGAGUCAAAAGUGGAUUUGUCUUCAGAAGCAAUAAAUUUCACUGAAUGCCAGCAUUUUAAAAUGUGGAGAAAAAAGACUGAAUGGAAAGAACUUUUAUUUUUUCCUGCUGGCUGUUUUCUCAUGCAGUUCUUUCUCUGCUUAGCUAUUUAGGUAUAUGUUUCAUCCUGUCAAGAAUGCUUUCCAUUAAAGCUUUACAUGGAUAUUACAAAUGAUGUUCUUUUGUGGGCCACACCUCAAUAUAUAACAUCUAGUUUACCUUUUAUUAAAAGCCAAUAUAGAUCUACAAACAGCAAGUUGCAUCCUUGUAUCCCAGAACAAUUUUUUUUCCUUUGUUCCCAAGUCUGCAGAAGGAUUACAUCACAGAUGUCACAUAAUGAAAAUACACCACAUCACACUGUACUAGAUGGACAGACAGACAAACAUUACAUUUCCAGAGAUAGUAUAUUUUUAUCCACCCGUGCAACAGAAAGAGAAUAUGGACAAAUAGAUGAAAGUAAAUGGAUCUGGCUGUCACAUCUCACCCCAUUGAUCACCAGGGUUGAUUUGGCUGACCUGGCUGGCUGGGCAGAUGUUCCCUUCCUCCCUCACUGCUCCAUGUGUAUCCCUCCUGAGCCUACAAACUUGGUAGAAGAGGAUGACCAUUCCAGAAAGAGUGAUGAUGAAAGCAAACGCCAGGCUAUAUGUUAAACUCCAAAUUUCCUUUGGUGAUGGGUGAUAAAAGACUCUUGGAGGAGAGAUAUUUAAAUGUCUCGUUGAAGUAAGGGGGUGGGGUGUAAAUCAAGCUUAGUCAGAAUUGAUUAGAUGGGAUCCAGAUUCCCAUAGGAGAUGGCCUUCCUUGACUUUCUGUGGUUUUCAGCUGUUCAAUAGGAUAGUGAAAUUUUCAGCUGUUCAAUAGGAUAGUGAAAUUUCUGAAAGUGAAGCAUUGUCUUCCUUACCAGCCUCACUAAGCAAGUUUAAAGGAAGGUUAUCUAGGCCACAAAGAAAACGGGUCUCUUCUGGGUGGACAAUAUGGCCCAGAAGCCUUUGAAAUUUCAGAAGUGUUUCAGGAGGCUACCCAAAAAGUGGGUGAAAAUUACUUUGGUGAAGUUCUGCCUUUUGUUGUUGAAUUUUAAUGGUAGGUUCUUGAAGUGAUGUUAGGGGCUAAUAAUGAAUAUUUGAAUAAAAUGAAGUCAAAGAUUGAUGCUCUUUGCACCUAUUUCUUUUUGGUUUGCUAGGAUCAAGUGCGGGCAUUGCAUCCUCUAACCCAGUGGUAGUCAACCUGGUCCCUACAGCCCACUAGUGGGCGUUCCAGCUUUCAUGGUGGGCGGUAGAGGUUAUGUCCGAUACUGAAGCACUUUCCUUUUUUAAAAUUUAAUUGACUU